AUACGGCGUCUCAACUGGUUUGAUUUUAUUGCAGCCUUUCCAGUUUCAGUGCAGAACGGCUCCCUCCACCAGAAGGACACGGUGCAUGAUAAUGACUUUGAGCCCUAUCUCACCGGCCAAUCUAGCCAGAAUAACAGCUAUCAGUCCAUGACAGACCCCUACUUAUCCAGCUACUAUGCCCCCUCGAUUGGAUUUCCUUACCCUCUCAACGAGGCCCCCUGGUCCACAGGCGGGGACCCACCGAUUCCCUACCUGACGCCCUAUGCCCCGCUCAGUAAUGGAGACCAUCACUUCAUGCCCGACACCGUGUUUGGGCAGCCCGGUGGGCUCAGCAGCAGCAUUUACCCCCACAGGUUUAACUUUUUCCCAGAGAACCCGGCCUUCUCUGCCUGGGGCACCAGUGGUUCUCAGGGUCAGCAGACUCAGAACUCGGCCUACGGGGGCAGCUACAGCUACCCGCCCAGCUCUCUGGGGGGCACGCUGGUCCCUGAUGGGCAGACGGGCUUCCACAGUGACACCCUGAGCAAAGCCCCGGGCAUGAACAGCCUGGAGCAGGGCAUGCUGGGCCUUAAGAUAGGCGGGGACGUGACAGGAAGCGGCUCAGGUGUGAAGAGCGCCGGCUCCGUGAUAGGCGGCGGCGGCAGCAUCGCGACGGCUGUUGCCACCGGCAACGGUGGCACAUCGGUGGGGAUGCCCCCUCAGAAGCCCACGUCGUGGGCCGCCAUCGCCAGUAAACCCGCCAAGCUGCAGCAGCAGAAGGCCAAGAACAAACCCGGCGCCCCCAUGAUGGGGGGCGCUCUGCCCCCCCCUCCCAUUAAACACAACAUGGACAUCGACACGUGGGACAAUAAGGGGGCCGGCGCUAAGAUGGCCCCCCCCAUGAGCCACCACCACCACCACCAGCAGCACCCGCCUCCGCUGCACUCCCACGUGCCCAGCCUCAUCCCCCCCCUGCAGCAGUCCCUGCAGUCCGCCCAGUCCCUGGUGCAGCAGAUGACCAUGCAGGCGCCCCCCCUGCCCCCCCCGCAGCCUUACCAGAACCACAGCUCGGCCCCCACGCCUCAGAACCGAUGGGUGGCGCCCCGCAGUCGCAACCUCUGCUACGGCGGCGGCAGCCUGGACAGCAGCAGCUCCUCCAGCGGGGGGGGGGGGAUGGGCAACGGCGGGGGGGGGGGGGGGGGGGGGGGGGGCGUGCCCCUGGAGCUGGGCCCGGACUCCCACCCCGUGCUGGAGAAGCUGCGCGCCGCCCACAGCUACAACCCCAAGGAGUUCGACUGGAGCCUGAAGAACGGGCGCGUGUUCAUCAUCAAGAGCUACUCGGAGGACGACAUCCACCGCUCCAUCAAGUACUCCAUCUGGUGCAGCACGGAGCACGGCAACAAGCGCCUGGACUCCGCCUACAGGGCCAUGAACGCCAAGGGCCCCGUCUACCUGCUGUUCAGCGUCAACGGCAGCGGGCACUUCUGCGGCGUGGCGGAGAUGCGCUCGCCCGUGGACUACAGCACCAGCGCCGGCGUGUGGGCGCAGGACAAGUGGAAGGGCAAGUUCGACGUGAACUGGCUGUUCGUCAAGGACGUGCCCAACAGCCAGCUGCGCCACAUCCGGCUGGAGAACAACGACAACAAGCCGGUGACCAACUCGCGCGACACCCAGGAGGUUCCCCUGGAGAAGGCCAAGCAGGUGCUCAAGAUCAUCGCCCAGUACAAGCACACCACCUCCAUCUUCGACGACUUCUCCCACUACGAGAAGAAGCAGGAGGAAGAGGAGGUGGUGAAAAAGAGCUACGAACCUGCCGCAAUACAAAGCCGGUCCCGAAUGGAUCAGGUAAAGCCCGCCCCGCUAGCUUUCCCAGGCCUUAGAUGA